AUGGGUAGUAUUGCAGAGCACCUUAGGAUUGCUGCAUACUUGGCUGGAGGUCAGCAACCUGGCUCCACCGACAAUCGUGAUGCCGUGAGUGCUAUUGAAGCCCGCUUGGAACGAGCAAAAUUACCAGAAGAAACCACAGGCAUAUCACCAACCGACCUCAAGGCCCGCUUUGCUUUAGCCUGUCUUCAAUGCCUAAAGCGCGUAAACGACGCUUUAUUAUCCACUUCAACCGAUGGCUCUGACCUCGGAGCCAGAGAUCAAAAGCUCCUGGAUACACUUCUGCAGAUCACAAUUUAUUUGGGAAUAUAUCCGUCACUGGAACCUAAUGUAGGACUUCCUCUCUCACGACGCACACGUUUCCCUUUGUUGGAUAUUGAAGGUGGAACAGAAUCUGGUGUCAACCCACAAUUCCUAUUUUAUGUCACCCGAGAAUUGGCGUCGAUAACUUGCCAUGAUCGCACCUUCCUAGCGACAACAAUUGUGAACAGGUACCUUGCCGACUUGUAUGCCGCGCAAUUACAGUUGGCCUUUUCGCCCGAGAUACCGGCUAUGUCCAUGAUGUUUAGCGGCGAUCAAGAGAGUCUGAAAUCUGUAAAUAUGCGGGAUUACUCCCGUCAGAUGUUGGAUGAGCUAUUUGCAAGAGUCUCGUCGUUGUCGUCAUUGGAAGCCUUCUUAUCGCUUCUUCGGGCCAAACCACCACCUUGGUUCCGCGCACAAUGCACCCGGCUUCUAUCACAAGUCGUCCUUAGACCAACUGGUGUUCAGACGGUCUUUGAAUGCUUCCUACCAUCCACUCCAGUUGCUGGCGUCCUCGAUACUGCACAACUGCAGCAUGUCGCCCAGCUCAUUUCAUCAGUGCCCAAGCAAGUAGCGUCCGUCGAGGAAUACUAUUCAAUCAUCUCCCCACAACUUCUGGACCUUGUUGAAAAAGUAGAGUCAACAAGACCCAUAUUUCGCGCGGCUAUAUACGUCACAGUUCAGAUGAUAAACAAACACCCACAUUUCGGGAAGCAAUAUCUGCUUAACCCGCUUAUUGCGCCCUUACUACAAUUCUAUCGGUCAGAUGUGUCGGAUAGGAAGGAAACCCGUAGCGAACAAAACGUAGAUCUUCAUGGCAGAGUCAUUCUUGCUGAUGAAGAGUCCGUUCAAUGCGCAAUAGAUCACAUUCGACAACUGCUCGUUGGAAAUGAGAUCAGUCACACGCUCAUGAACGCCUUGAUACCCGUCAUAGCACCACUCUACUACAUUCACGACUUUGCGACUCAAAGCGGAUCGAACGUGAAAGUUGCUGUCCAUACGAUUCUGCUCACAUUUUUCCGAACAGCACAUACCGAUGACGCAUCGUCUGCACUUUGGCGAACUUUAAUGGAUGUUCCGCGCCAGGCAACCGCUGCUAUUGCUGCUGGAGAUGCGGGAGGUGUCAUGUUGGUAGCAAAUGAAGAGGGCAGAGUAACUGUCGAUGUGGACCGAUUGCAAGAGCUCCUGGAUGAAAUAAACAAUGAGGAGCUGAUCGCCGAAUUCUUUCUGAAACUACUGGAAGUCCGCGGAACACAGACUUCAGAUGAUCCUGACGACGAGUUUAAUAAAAUCUUCGCCACCGAACUUAUCCUGGGUAUCAUGAGUCGCUUUGGUGAAGCUAUAUUGAAGAAACCACGGCAAAUCAUCAUUUUUGCAAAGAACGCACUAUUGAGCGGCGAAGAGGAAGUCGUAUCAAUGGGACUUGGCCUUUUAAGUGCUGUCUUAGGGAACGAGGAGACUGCCUUGGACCCAGAAACUCGUCCAGUGUUGGAUGAGAUCCUGAUCAUAUUACAAGCGCACAGUUCCCACGACGCCGUCGAAAUAAGAGAGAUGGCUAAAGAAGUGCGAAUCCAAUUAAUCACACGAACGUCUGCUUUUGGUUCUUUCGACACGGAGGAACCAAAGAACAACUCUGCCAGUAUUCUCCAAGACGCCCUGAAAGAACUUCAGGAUGAUCUCAUUCCUGUUCGAGCGCAUGGAAUGCAUCAGCUUCGCAGCCUUAUCUUGGCGCAUGAUCCGAUUGUAGAGGAACAAAUCAGUACCAUCACGUCCUUGUUUCUUGAUCAGAUUGCGGAUGAGGAUAGCUUUAUAUACCUCAACGCUGUCAAAGGCCUGUCGGCGCUCACCGAUGUGUAUCCUCGCGCGACUCUCGCAAGUAUCGCAGCUCGCUAUCACCUAUCUACUCUGAACCUCGACUACCGACUACGAAUAGGUGAGGCGCUAUUGCAGACAAUUCAACGAUGCGGUGAAGUGUUUGGAAAGUAUUCUCCAGAAAUCCUUCCACCCAUUCUUAGAGUCAUGCACGACCCAGCAAAAGAACUUCGGGCCAGCGCACUCUCUCUUUUAGCAUGUGUUGCGGAGACAGCUCCGUUGGCUCUGCUACCUGUGCUAUAUCAGGUGAUGGACUAUGUGCGGAACCUGCUGGUUUUCGAGAAAGACGUGGAACCGAGAAGAGGUGCCAUUGUAACCCUCCUGUCACUCAUCCGGGGGCUGGGCGAGAACAUUUUAGCCACGUUACCGCCCGACCUAGUGAAGGAGAUUAGCAAACAGCUCAGGAUCACAGAGUCGACUGACGCAGACGAGCUAACAAGAGUUCAUGCUCGGACUGCGCUGAAUGAUAUAAGAGAGAUUGUUAGGGGUGUGACUGGGUGAUUCGCUUCGGGUAGCAUCCUGAUUAUGGAUGACUGACGUUUAAUCGCAUUCCGACGUUAUGUGCUCGUCAACAUCAUGUAAUUGAAUUCUUCACAACCUACACAUUUGGAGCCUUAACCAAUCGGUCAUUUUCUCAAACUAUGGUACAGUAGAAACAAGCAUAUCUAUAACUGA